UACUGUCACUGUUGAGAAUCUGUUACAUAAACCGCUCUGAAGCUGUGACUAUCUGACAGGAGCUUCAAGAUUUGCCCAUAGUGAUAUCUACCAAUAAGUCUAGAACUGUUUUAAUUCUAACUUCAUAGAUAUAGAAAUAGAUAGAUAUAGAAAUAUAGAAAAUAUUCACCAUCGGUCGAACAUUUGUGGAUUCUUCCUGACUAUUGGAGCCAUUGAACUUGAUUGACAAAAGACGCACUCAGGCAGACUGUGGGACAAAUAUCAUUAAGCAGCGUUUCCGCAGGAAGGAUUUUAUGAGCGCAAAGAUGGCGGCUUCAUUGCUGAGGAUAGUGCGACUUGGCUCUACCAAGUGCGUGCAGGCGGAGAGGUGGAGCGCUCCUGCAGCUGCUGCCCUAAGCACGAAAGCUGGUGGUCCCAAGAAGCCCAAGAAGAGCAGCUCAGGAAAAAAGUCCCAGGGCAAAACAUAUUUUGAUUUAGAGAAGCUUGUACCACACAGAAAAUAUGUGGAGUUUCCAAAGAAAGAAAUGACACCAGCUGCAGCAGUAGAACUUGUCGCCGCCCCAAAGCCUGUUGAAGCCGCUGCCGCAGAGCCAAUGGUUGCCGCGGCUAAAGCUGUUCCAGCCCCCGCUGCAGUUGAAGCCACCCCCGUCGUCGACACAGUCGCCCCCGCAACUGAAGCCAUUGUUGAAUCCGCCGCUCUUGUAGCCAAAGCCACCCCCGUUGUUGAAGCCGCUGCAUCAGUAGCUGAAGACGCUCCUGUUGCAGCCGAAGCGGCUCCCAUCUUUGAAGCUUCGUCAGCGGCCGACACUCCUGUUGAAGCCGUCCCAGAAGCUGCUGCCCCUGCAGAAGCGGUUGCUGAAGCUGCCCCAGUUGAAGCUGCCCCAGUUGAAGCUGCCCCAGUUGAAGCUGCCCCAGUUGAAGCUGCCCCAGUUGAAGCUGCCCCAGUUGAAGCCAUAGCAGAAGUUUUGGUUGAAUCUGCCACCAUUGAAGCUGCGGCUGAAGCCCUCGUGGAAGUUGUAGCAGAGGUUGUGACUGUAGCUGCCCCCAUUGAAGCUGCGGCUGAAGCCCUCAUUGAAGCUGUAGCAGAGGUUGUAGCUGAAGCGGCCCAAGUUGAAUCUGCAGCAGAGGAGCUGAUUGCAGAGCCCCCGGCUGAGGCAGAACGGAUUGAGGCGCCUGAGGUUCAACUGGACCCAAUCCAGAAGCUCUUCCUGGAUUCGAUCCGCGAGUACUCCUCAAAGAGCGUGGCCAGUGGCGGUUUGGUAGAUGCAGGCCCUGCAUAUGAGAAGAACUUGGCAGAGGAGCUGACUAAACUCCAGCGGCUUUAUGGUGGUGGAGACAUCACAGCUUUCCCAGAGUUCAAGUUCACAGAGCCCAAGCUGGAGGAGGUGGCCCCCAAGUAAACCUCACCAGUUCACUUUUCUACAGCUUUUUCCUGUCCAUUUGUUCCAUGAAUAUUGGAAGUCUAAAGAUAACUGUAUCAAGUUGAUGCUAAAAUCCUUUUAAUUUUAUAUGUGGUGGUGGUGGGGGGGGGGAUAGAGGAGUUUCUAUUUCUGUAUAAAUAUAAAUUCUCUGACUUAGUCUGUAUUAGAUGCACAUGUUAGAGGUCAAGCGUAGGCUGAGCUUUGAGCUGUGAAAUAUAUAUGCAUUUGCAUAGGAUGAUCCAUGAAUGUUGGAUGGGGGGGGAUAAACUCUGAUCCAUAUUCUACUUUUGUUGCAGUCUUUCAUUCCAAGUUGAUCAAUGUCAUCAUUGUAAAUCGCAUGCAAUGUUAAAGUAAAAAGACUACCCAUGUU